CAUGCGCAGUGUGGGUUCAUAAACACGUGUUGCCAGUCACCGGAGUGCUGAAGAUCCUACAGCUUCGCUGGUCAUUAGAGUUAUUUCUGUUGUUUAUUUGCUAAUCUCUAGACGUGUUUCUGUUUAGUUAAAUAGUACUGUCCUCCGUGAAGCUCUUGCCGAGAGGACCUGUCUGUUUAUAAGUUACGUUAGUCACUGAUUAAAACACAACAAACACAAUGACUGAAGCUGAAGUCAAUCCGAAAGCCUACCCCCUGGCAGACGCCACUCUCUCCAAAACCAUCCUGGACCUGGUGCAGCAGGCGGCAAACUACAAACAGCUGAGAAAAGGAGCCAAUGAAGCCACCAAAACUCUUAACCGUGGGAUUUCUGAGUUCAUUGUGAUGGCGGCUGAUGCUGAACCUCUGGAGAUCAUCCUGCACCUGCCGCUGCUGUGUGAGGAUAAGAACGUGCCAUAUGUGUUUGUGCGGUCUAAACAAGCUCUUGGACGUGCGUGUGGAGUGUCAAGACCUGUGAUUGCCACAUCAGUCACCAUUAAGGAAGGAUCACAGCUGAAACCUCAGAUUCAGUCUGUGCAGAUGUCUAUUGAAAGACUCCUAGUUUGAGCUCAUUCUACUUACACAUUUGUUUUCAAGUUUUAUAAAUGAUUUCUUUGUACAAUCCUUAAGGAUUUUUCAUUUUCUUUUUGAAUGUUAAAAUCAAAUAAAGUUGAGUGUGUUCCUCAGCAAUUGACAGCCGAAAUAAAGUUCGGUUUAAAUCAAGUGA